AUGAGUUCCCUGGGCGCCAACGAUGUGUCGCCCGAGGCCAUGCAGGCGCGGAUCCAACAGGCGCGUCGCGAGGCCGAGACGCUCAAAGACCGCAUCAAGAGAAAGAAGGAUGAGUUGUCCGACACCACCCUUCGAGUUAUUGCCCAGCAGGCUCACGAGCCCAUUCCCAAAAACCAGCUCAUGAGGGCGAAACGGACCCUCAAGGGCCAUCUGGCCAAGAUAUAUGCCAUGCACUGGUCCACCGAUCGCAGACACCUCGUCUCCGCCUCGCAAGAUGGCAAGCUCAUCAUCUGGGAUGCCUACACCACCAACAAGGUUCACGCCAUCCCCCUGCGAUCCUCCUGGGUCAUGACCUGCGCAUACGCACCUAGUGGCAACUUUGUAGCUUGCGGAGGCCUCGACAACAUCUGCUCCAUCUACAACCUCAAUCAGCAGCGCGACGGCCCAACUCGCGUGGCUCGCGAGCUCUCCGGCCACGCCGGUUACCUGUCAUGCUGCCGAUUCAUCAACGACCGCAGCAUCCUGACUUCAUCCGGCGACAUGACCUGCAUGAGGUGGGACAUUGAGACCGGCCAAAAAGUCACCGAGUUUGCCGACCACCUCGGAGACGUCAUGAGCAUCAGCCUCAACCCAACCAAUCAAAACACCUUCAUCUCCGGUGCCUGCGACGCCUUCGCCAAACUGUGGGAUAUUCGGGCCGGGAAGGCUGUUCAGACCUUUGCUGGCCACGAAUCCGACAUUAAUGCCAUUCAAUUCUUCCCCGACGGACACUCCUUCGUCACUGGUUCGGACGAUGCCACGUGCCGCCUGUUUGACAUCAGGGCAGACAGAGAGCUGAAUGUCUACGGCUCCGAAUCUAUUCUUUGCGGCAUCACCUCUGUUGCCACGUCAGUAUCGGGUCGCUUAUUGUUUGCUGGUUAUGAUGAUUUCGAAUGCAAGGUCUGGGACGUUACUCGAGGCGAGAAGGUUGGGUCUCUUGUGGGCCACGAAAACCGCGUAAGCUGCCUGGGCGUGAGCAACGAUGGCAUCAGCUUGUGCACAGGCUCCUGGGAUUCUUUGUUGAAAAUAUGGGCCUAUUAA